CAAGGGGCAGGAGAGUAGACCGAUAACAUCGAUGGUAUUGAACAUCCCCUGUACUAACAAACCCACCAACUCCCCCUAUGUAGCCGUAUUAUAUAAAGCCUAACAUACAUCUCCCAAUUUCCUCGUUCAAUUUCUCUUAUUUUCUCUCUAUAUUAAUAUUAUUUUUCACUAUCUUCUUGUAAUCAUGUCUUGCUACAAGGGAAAGUAUGCUGAUGAGCUUAUCAAGAAUGCUGCAUACAUUGGCACCCCUGGAAAGGGUAUCCUUGCUGCUGAUGAAUCCACUGGAACAAUCGGCAAGCGUCUCUCAAGCAUCAAAGUUGAGAAUGUAGAAUCAAACAGAAGGGCUCUCCGCGAGCUUCUCUUUUGCACCCCUGGUUGUCUUCAGUACCUCAGCGGAGUUAUUUUGUUCGAGGAAACACUCUACCAAAAGACUGCUGCUGGCAAGCCUUUUGUUGAUGUGUUGAAAGAAGGCGGUGUCCUUCCUGGUAUUAAGGUUGACAAGGGUACCGUUGAGCUUCCUGGAACCGAUGGUGAGACCACCACCCAAGGUCUUGAUGGCCUUGCAGAGCGCUGCCAAAAGUACUAUGAGGCUGGUGCUAGGUUUGCCAAAUGGCGUGCCGUGCUCAAGAUUGGUGCUAAUGAGCCAUCUCAGCUAGCCAUCAAUGAAAACGCCAAUGGCCUUGCCAGAUAUGCCAUUAUCUGCCAGCAGAACGGUCUUGUACCCAUUGUUGAGCCCGAGAUCCUUGUUGAUGGAGCCCAUGACAUUAACAAGUGUGCUGAUGUUACUGAGCGCGUUCUUGCUGCUUGCUACAAGGCUCUCAAUGACCACCAUGUCCUCCUUGAGGGUACCUUGUUGAAGCCUAACAUGGUCACUCCCGGUUCUGAAUCUGCCAAGGUUGCACCAGAAGUGAUUGCUGAGUACACCGUCCGUGCCUUGCAGCGCACCAUGCCGGCUGCUGUCCCCGCUGUGGUGUUCUUGUCUGGUGGUCAAAGUGAAGAGGAAGCCACUGUCAACCUCAAUGCCAUGAACAAGCUCGAGACCAAGAAGCCAUGGUCACUUUCCUUCUCUUUCGGACGUGCUCUUCAGCAGAGCACCCUCAAGGCCUGGGCCGGAAAGGAAGAGAACGUUCAGAAGGCACAAGCUGCAUUCCUUACCAGGUGCAAGGCCAACUCCGAGGCUACCCUUGGAAAGUAUGCCGGAGCUUCCAACUUGAGUGAAGGUGCUUCCGAGAGCCUUCACGUCAAGGACUACAAGUACUAGAUCAAAGUUUUAGUUUUUGGUUUAUGUUUCUUGAUUUCUGUUUUGAAAAUGAGAUGACAAUAUGGUUUUACGAAUGUGUCUAUCAGUGGACAUAAUAUGGUAAGGCUUUUUUUUUUUUUCUUUUUUUUUCCGUUUAAUAAGAACUUUUUGAGGAACAUUAUUUUGGUCUUGUGACAGUUUUCGGGGUUGGUUUAUUAAAUGAACAUUAUCUUUUGCA